GUAGAGUAUAAAAGGAAGGACUAGAAUAAGAGUCAACAUGAACCCAUCAGGGAGAGAAAGAAAUUGAACGGAAAUUGGAGGGGGGGCUCUGAUUCCUGCCUGGGGCUGUGUGUGAUUUCAUCCUGACGGGUCCAUGGAGAAAGUCCAAGAGGAGAAUGAGACGGAGCGAUGGGAGAGACCGGAGGAGAUAACGGAGAGCGAAAGGGACAUCAUCAAGGAGACCUGGGCACGCUUGUAUACCAACUGUGAGGACGUUGGAGUCUCUAUAUUGAUAAGGUUCUUUGUCAACUAUCCAAAUGCCAAGCAGUACUUUAGCCAGUUUAAGGACAUGGAAGACCCCCUUGAGAUGGAGCGCAGCACUCAGUUGCGCAAGCACGGCCGGAGGGUAAUGGGAGCUAUCAACAGUGUGGUUGAAAACCUUGGGGAUCCGGAAAAGGUGGCUACGGUCUUGGCUAUUGUGGGGAAGAGCCAUGCAGUGAAACAUAAGGUGGACCCUGUAUUCUUUAAGAUCCUGACUGGGGUGAUACUGGAGGUCAUUGCAGAAGCCUUUGCCAAAGAUUUCACCCCCGAAGUACAGCUAGCUUGGAGCAAUUUACGGAGCCACAUAUACAGUCAUGUACUGGCAACAUACAAGGAGGUGGGCUGGACACAGUACCCCACUAAUUCAGUGUGAACGCAUCCAUCUCCCAGAGAGAGCCAAGCCAAGGACUUCAGAUCCUAGCUAUCUCAGACCUCUGGGACAGCUGGGGGAGUACGGGUGGUGGGGAGAAUAGGAUUGGGUUGCUGGGUGGGCAGGGGGUUAUAACUACAGAGUCUUCUACAAACAGGGUGGGAUGGGCAGGAAAGAGCGAUAUGGUUGAUUUGACCUACAGUUUAUACAUUAGGACAUAUGACAAAAGAACAGGGUCAUUCUCCAUGGGAGGGAGCAAAGACAUAUCAUUACGAGGAUCUAAUGUACCCCCAUGUGGCUUCCAUGUACACAGCUGGGGUAAUGUUUUACCGCUGGAAAUAUCUAGCAUUGUAAGCCAGGCUUUUUUGAGACUGUCCUUGACCUGUUAUCCUCUGUCCCAUAUUUCCCAUGUUCUAUAAGUCAGAUGGUUCUUAAGAGAUGCGUAACUCAUAAACGUGAAUGGGUAAACCCGACUUUAUGACCCCCACCGUUACGCUUGGCUUGCACGUGUAUAUGGCAAUUAUACUUCUUUUCUCAUAAUCUUGCUUGGCUGGUCCUCUCUUGAAGAAGGCCAACAUAUAUAUAUAUAUAUAUAUAUAUAUAUAUAUAAAGGUUCAGUCAUUUCCACCAGCCAUUUUGUUUUUAUCCUCAGUUAUCAUAAGAUUCUCUAUGGGACCAAAAUGUACAAUAAAAUUUAGAUUUCUAUGGGAUAAAGCAUUAUAAAGAAGUGGGCGACAGCUUAACAUUGCAGUAUAUCAGCUGGAAAACGCUAUCACCCUAUGUCAGUAAGGAGGCCCAUAAGCCGCAGGUAAAGAAGUACGACUCUAGGCAGAAGGUGGUUUGGAUGGUGGUGUGGGAUGGAAAUUGUGGAAUAGAGAUGUAUACGCACCUGGCCUGUGACAUAUUGUGUCGAAAUGUGUCUGUCCAUAUAUAUAAUGUUCUGUUUUACUGUGAUAUAGAAAUAAAACAUACUAUUGGAUCUAUAA